UCUAUUCGCGAAAUAGAAAAAAUCGGAAACUGUCUCUUUCCUUUCAUAAAUAAUCGAGCGCACCGUCUUAAAGUGCCCGGAUUACGGCUUCCAUUUUCUGUCGCCUACUUCCGAUAUAAAGCAGUUUUCAGUACAAACUGUUAAACAUGGCUGAUCAACAGCUAGAUUGUGCACUAGAUUUAAUGAGAAGAUUGCCUCCUCAACAGAUAGAGAAAAAUCUUAGCGACUUAAUUGACUUGGUACCAAACCUUUGUGAAGACCUUUUGUCAUCUGUAGACCAACCUUUAAAAAUAGCCAGAUGUAAAACAACAGGCAAAGACUUUUUAUUGUGUGACUACAACAGAGAUGGUGAUUCAUACAGGUCUCCUUGGAGUAAUAGCUAUGACCCUCCAUUGGAUGAUGGCACUAUACCAUCGGAUAAACUACGUAAAUUAGAAGUUGAUGCCAACUCUGCCUUUGACCAAUAUAGAGAAAUGUAUUUUGAGGGUGGUGUUUCCUCUGUUUAUCUGUGGGACCUGGAUCAUGGCUUUGCUGGUGUUAUUCUUAUAAAGAAAGCAGGAGAUGGUUCAAAGAAAAUAAAAGGUUGCUGGGACUCAAUACAUGUUAUAGAAGUACAGGAUAAAUCAAGUGGGAAAAGUGCCCAUUACAAACUGACAUCAACUGUGAUGUUAUGGCUACAGACUACAAGAGAAGGUUCUGGGACCAUGAAUUUAGGUGGUAGUCUGACACGUCAGGUGGAACAAGAUGCUACUGUGAAUGAAGCAACACCUCACCUUGUCAAUAUUGGAAAGUUAGUGGAGGAUAUGGAAAACAAAAUCCGCAGUACGUUGUAUGAAAUUUACUUUGGCAAAACAAGGGACAUUGUAAAUGGUGUUAGAUCAACUCAACCUUUACAGAAUGAAAAACAGAAAAUAAAUCUACAGAAUGAUUUAGCACAAGCUUUGCAAAAGAGAGCACAGACAUCAUAAUAUCAAUUUACAUCUAGAUAGAAUGUGAACAUAUAUUUGCAAUAUAUUACUGGAGAUUUAGCACAGUGUAACAAGUGAUGAUACCUGAAAGCCUUUAAAUUUGCAGCAAGUAAAUGAGUAUGGAUUAAUUGAUUGCCAGAAACAAUUUGUGCUGUGUAAUAUUUUGCAAGAUUGUACUUGUAUGUGAUUUGAACAUUUCCAGGAACAAGUUCUGUACAACCUUCACAUUAACAUUCACAUUUAUGUUACAAUGGAGGAUAUUAUAUUAAACUGUUGAAGGAAAUUUAUCUCUUAAAUACAUUUAAUUUUCAAGGAAUUUGUUGGGGUUCUUUUCUAUACUGUACAGUUUGUAGUUGUUGUGCAGGUGUUUUUAUCGCAUAAAAAGCAAAGAUAUAUACUAUUCUUGUUUCUGUUUUGUUUAUUAAGUAACAUAUAUCUAUCUUGGAUAUUUAAGACUUAUUAUUAUAACUGGUUUUAAAAGGAGCAACCAAUAUUAAUAAGAUGUAAAAAUAUUUUGUUUAUGAAGAAAUUUUCAAUUCACUUUGUAUGAAGAAUGGCUUAAAUGUGACUAGAUUUUCAGCUUGAAAUUUAUAUUAAAUGCAUAUAUAAUCUGAAUAUUACAAUACUUAUUUAAAGCCAUUACCCCCACUUGUGUGUACCUAAAUAAAUGUAUAAAACAGUGUUUGAUUUUGACAAGAUUAUGCCAUUUUAUAUUGAAAAUUCACCCUGAAUUAUGCAUCCAUAUUACUGAUGAAUGUUUUUUUUACAGUUAAUUUUUUUUCAGUCUAACUUCUUAAUUUAUUGUCCGAGGGAUUUAGGUCAAACUCCAAAUAUAUGUACUUUAUCAUCACCAAUAUCACCCUGGUAUGUUAUUAUAAACUUUCAGCAUUAUCACCCCUGAGUAUUUACCUUGAAAAAUAAUGUUGUUUUAACUUCCUUUAAAUUCUUGCUCUAACUUCAUUAUUUCUCAAGUGAUAUUCAAAUCCCAUAUUUAUGUUCAGGGCUGGUAAGUCUGCUAAGCACUUUUGCAGAAUUAUGUCCCCUUUUCUAUGUUGCUUCUUUAACCAUUUAGCACAUAGAAAAGUGCAGUGUGCUGUCCGUGAACAGGUCUUGUUUAUUUUUUCCUAUAAUCUCUAGAUUUCUUAAGGGCGUUACAUGGUCUUUAAAUAUAUGAUCAUUAUCAGCACUCAAACCAUUUAUGAUAAGGUUCAUAACUAAAUGUAUUUCAGGAGUUAUCUCCUCAUUGAACCUAGAUGGGGUUUUUUACUCGUCUUUGUAACUAAAGGGAUUGUAUUCAAAUAAUGUCUGCACUAAAAUUUCUGUUAACAUUUUAUGUUUUACUUUCAUUUACAUGCAUAUUGUGUGGUACAAAUUUUUUUUAUAAUUUGAGCUUUUCUUGAUGCAUUUAUUGAUGAAGAAAUAUAUUUAUUAUGACUGAUUCCUUUCAGUGUGUGUCUUUCUUUACUGCAUCCAGAUUUAAUUUAGUCAAGGGUGCUGUCUCAUAAAUUCAUGUUUCAUAUUCUUUAUUAUAUAUUGAACAAAUUGUUUUUGUUUUAUAAUGAAAAUUCAUCAUGAAAGUAAAUAAAUCAUCAGACAGCAACAUAAAAGGAUGUAGUAAAGUAAUGAUUUACUGUUUAGUAUUAUUAUGGACACCAAAAUAUACCUAAAGAGUCUACCAGAAAAUAUAAUUUACAGUGAAAGUUUACGUAACAAAAUACACUUCUCUAUUAAAUUUUUUUCUUUGCUUAUUUUUAUUAAAGGGAAUUUUAGUAUAUUAUAUCAUUGUAUUUAAUAUCUUUUGGUUUUCUAUUUGUAGAGAAGUGGGGUAUCCUUCUCACUUGGCUGUCUGUGUUACACUUUGGUUAAUGUGCAACAACGUUUCAUCAACCACUAAAGAUAAUUGCUUGUAAUUUCAAGCAUUUAUUUAUGAUCAUAAAAGGGCUCUUUGACUUAAAACUUAACAAUGUUCAGGAUCAUAUUUGGGGGUCACUAUCCAAGGCAUGGCAUGGAUUUGACUGAAUUAUGGCUCUUUGUGAACUUAGAAAAUACUUUCAAACUAUGUUAUGUAUUUUUUUCAAUGAAAUCUUCUUUCUUGUUAAUUCCUUCAUUAUCCAGGCUCUUGUUUUACUACCAUGCACUGUUCAGCACUUUUUUGGUAUCCUUCAGUAAUUCUAUGCACUUUGUAAUUCUGAGAAUGAGUUUCUCUGCUGUUACAGAUCUGUAGUAAGAACUUAAUGCCAACUCUGUCUAAAUGGCUAAAAUAGUUAACUUUCAGCAUAUUUGUUCAUUGCAGGAUGUCUGUCUUACUUGUUAUAGCCUUAUAAAUGAUGUUCAGAUGGGAAUAUAGACCUUAAGUCAGCUUGUCAAUCGGUCAACCUCAAGGUUUCCAAACAAUAACUUUGUUCAAAAGAAUGAGUUAUUGUAAUCAAACUUCGUAUUUAACAACCAUAUGUGGAAAUACCAGUUAGGGUUGCUUCUGGACCCCCUGGGGUCAAGGUCACUGUUACUAAAAAAAACUGGAUUCUGAAGGAUAAAGUAUCUCUCUUUUUUACAAGGUAAUGGUAGAUUAUUAUAAUAUUUUGACCAGGCAAUUAAAUGUAAUAUUUUUGGUACACAGAUGAAACAUCAUAAAAUAAAGGUCAGUUCAAAUUUUGCUUCAGACCACUUAAUUUUCAAUAAGUUAAGGUGUGGAGUCGGGUAUAAAUCACCUUUAGUUAUGAGUGAUAUCUGUGAAAGGGUACAUAUAAUGUCAACUUUGUUCAAAAGAAAACUGUUAAGAAAUAAGGAAAACUUUGUUUACAAGUUGAAGGCAACUAUAGAAACACAGUCAGUAUAGAAAGGUUUUGAGAGAGUACAAGUGGUUGACCAGAUGUCACUACUUUAUUUUUCGCGUUGGAAAUCUUUACCAACAUAUUUUUUUGGACAGAUUUGUCAGUAAAUCCUCCCCCAUCUCAAUAUGAAAUUAUUUGUUCACUAGAAUAGAAUGAUUUGUGCUAAAACUUGUUUUAUAAAGGCUUAACAUUCUGAUAAUUGUUGAUUUAAUUAAACUUGAAGAUGAUCAGGUAUAGAAUGGUAUGUCAUAUUGUCUCAUCAUGUACAAUUAUAACUGAGAAAGUGCUAACAUAUUGUUUGAACACAACACAUAGAAGACUUCUUUUAAACCCUUGUAUUCUAAAUGUAUGCAACAUGUAUAUAUUUUAUGGUCCUAUUUUAUUGCAUAAACAUAUAAGUAAUUUGAGUGAUUCAUGACUAAAAUUAAAAUGUUGAAUAAAUGAGAA